AUAGGAGUAUUACCCCUUAUGGGACAGCCCGACUUUGAGGUCAUCUGAUUGGUUGCCGUCAUACACCCCAGAUUACUCGGUAAACUUCAGGAAUGUCUCAGCUGGGAGCGGAAUCCCACGAACCCCUUCAGGUUCCAGUACUGUGUCAAAGCUGAUGAGAGAAACUCUUAUUACCUGGUGAUCAGUCUGGUAAUGGAUUACUUUUUCACGCUUUGCAUCCGUGUAAUCAAUGAAAGGUUCAUUACAGAAAAAGACAAAUAAGACGCUUUUCGUAGCGAACCCAGCGGGGUUAAGGAGAACAAGAUGCUGCCGGCACUCUUGCUAACCCUGGGCUGUAUAAUAUUUCAAGUCAAUCCCGGGUUUGGAUGUCAGCUACCUACGGAAUGGAGACCGCUUAGCGAAAGCUGCCGCGCCGAGCUAGCAGAGAUCAUCGUCUACGCCAGGGUGCUGGCCAUCUAUCAAGAGGUAUACGGGGCCAACGCCUACAACCACCUGCCCUACCAGUAUGACGGAACCGACGACGGGCUCUUCUAUUCGGCGGAGAUUGAGCUGCUCUGCGACCAGGCGUGGGGGAGCAUGCUGGAGGUCCCCGCUGGCUCGCGUCUCAACAUCACCGGCCUGGGAUAUUUCUCCUGCCAGUCGCACACGGUGGUCCAAAACUAUUCCUAUAUUUUCUUCCUGAGGAUGGAUGAAAACUACAAUAUACUGCCCCAUGGGGUUAACUUCCAGGAUGCCAUUUUCCCAGACACCCAGGAUAACCAAAGGAUGUUCUCCAGCCUCUUUCAGUUCUCCAACUGCUCCCAUGGACAGCCACUACAGACCUUCACUACUGAUUGGGAGAUACAGGAAGAUAACCGGUUGCUAUGCUCCUCCGUGCAGCUGGCGCUCUUUGAGGAAGAGGAACGGGUGAAGAAGCUGCAGGAGCGCCUGGCUCAGCUGGAGGACAGGAAUCGGCAGUUGAAGGAACGAGUGCGCAAGGUGAAACGCUCUCUCCGGCUGGCCCGCCGUGAUGCCCGCCAUGCCCACAGGGACCAGCAGCAGCUCCAGCAGCUCCUUGCCUCCUUCCAGCGGGCUGGGCACCACCUCAACGCCAUCCAGCAAGACAGCACCCCCUACGUUUUUCCCAUGGGAGGCUGAGUCUGGUUAGGGGGUGGUGGGGGGUCUCCUGAUUUUACCUGUGAGCUGCUGGGCGGCCUCUCUGCUUUUUUCCUCCCCCCAUCCAUGGAUCAGAACUCUGUGAGAAGUGGUUCAGACCCAAAGACAGCCAGGACCACUCUAUUUUCAUAGUGUCACUCCAUUUACCCCAGACAAACUCAAUUGCUUAAUUUUGAGCAGGGAUCCAAUUUCAACUAUAUUUUCCAGACAGAAUGAAACAAGAUAUCCCAACCCUUAACCACACUUUUUUCAUACUAAAAGUAUAUCUCUGAGUAAAAAUUGCACUCUGGACUUCUUAAAUAGGAGGAAAUAUUCAAAAGCUGCCAUGACUUCCACAUAUUCAGCAUGUCUCCACAUCUCUGCACCCUCUCAAAAUUCUUCAAAUGAUAACAUUUUACUUGAGGGGGCACAAGUAACUUAGUAACUCAGUUACUACUACAAAUCAUGAACAAAUAUAGUAGCUACAUGAAAUACAUGAACUAUUAUGAUUAAUUAAUGAUCGACGGACAUUGGAUCAGUACACAACUAACACUUAGUUACUGAUUAAUCAAUACAUUAAAUGAGAGUGUACUACUAUAUUAUUUAUGCCCCCUCAAGUCAUGUCACCCUUAAACCUUUAGCUUCUCAUGUUUAACAUUUUUUAUCUUGCUAUGUAGGAACAGCUGCAGUUUGCUCUACAGUUGUCCUGAAUAUGAAGGAAUGCUCUGUGCACAGACUUUAAGCAGCACCUGAUGUACUGAAAGAUAACCACAAUUUUUUUUCUAACCACGAAAAAGGCUCUUUAUGAAUGACUGCAUAAUGUAGAUGUUCCUUGUUGCCAUGACUAUGGUGUAAUGCCCAUGUUCUUGGGAAGAUGUGGACCUGGUUGUCAUGCCAACACUGGAAUUCACCAUGGUAAUGAGUGAAGCACACAUGAGCUGGUGUAUCCUGACUAAACGUAGUGCUGCGAGCUGAGUCUUGGUGAUAUUCAUGCUCUCUGUUUAUGUAUUGAUAUUACACUAUAUUAACCAAACAACAUAUUGAUAAAGGUGACCCAUUUCUGUCCAUUCAGAUCAUCCAAGAAUUCAUUUUGUACUAGGGGAGGAGGAGGAUAGGCCAUUACUUUACAAGAGCUUUAAUAACAGCUUGGACACGGGGCUUCUCAUCUACUUCUGGGGAAUUUCAUUUAAGGGGUAUUUCAGAUAAGAGCCUCAUUGAUUAUUACAAAAGACUGAUGUCUCAACAUCUUAUGUUGUGGAGGUGGGGGUAGUGCAGGGGCUCUAUACAGAACAUUGCAUUCAGCUUGCACACAUAGUACAUACUAAUGACAUCUAGCUGUCUGCCCACACAGCGUGCUGUGGAAAGUUCUUGUCUCACUGGGAUGAUGCUACAGGAUUGAAUGCAAACAGUGACGGACAUCAUGCUGAUAAUUACAAGAUUCAAUUAGCGCUUUUACUAGGCAUAGGGCAUCACAGUUGGAAGCAUGUUGACUGUGUUUGGUUUUUUAAUAAUUAAGGAACUGAGUGUGUCCAUGGCAAUCCAAACAGCUGUGGAUGCUUUUUUACCCACUCGCCUUGGCUGUGUCGUUUACCUUCUAAAUAUGUCUUCAGCAUUCACAUCAUAUUCCACAUGCAUGAAGAAAUUUCAUGUAUAUUAUGUGCCUGCAUGACAAUCGGAGGGGAAUGGCGAGUCGCCUCAAACCAGUAUGCUACCUGCUGCCCAUAAAGGCUUCUCCUGGACACUGGCUAUGCUCCUUGCAAUAGUUGCACCAUAGUCCAGAGCAAAGGGGGGCUGUUGGACUGCCCUGUGUCACUCCGCCACAAAGCCAGCCAUCUUGGGGCGAACUUGUUUGGCCUUCCUCAGUAGAAACACUACAGCUGGUUUAGCAUGGCUCAGUUAGGAGGCUACUCAUACCUUUGGUGCGUUUAUUGAUCAUGUGGCCAAUAAGGCACCUGUUUUCAUCCAACUGUGACAAGCACAAGAAGGCUGAGUGAAUAGCUGCUAUGGUGAAGUGUUUAUGGCCCGGCACUAAUCACUUUACACUACCUCCACUUCCAGUUUCAGUCGUUCAGUGACUUUCAUUCUUCACCGUGAUUCUUUUUUUUCCUUCUCCUUGUCCUACUGUCCCAUCUGUGUGUGGCAUAUUUGUUUGAGUUUGUGUUGCUUUUUCACACGGACCUUGAGCUGAGCUUGUUAUCACGAGACCAGCUUGUGCAGCCUGGCACACUUUCCUGCCUUCUCUGUAAAACAUUUGUUUUUGAAAAAUUGCGGUUUUUGCCAUUUUAUCAUUCUCAGGCCAUUGUCCAUAUUUGUACUUAAGUAUUCCACCCAAUCCACCCAAACAUCUGUAACCAGGGGCAGUAUUGAGGGGGAGGGCCGGUAGUGCCUCUGUGACAACAUGCAUGUCCCCCCUGUGCCCCCCUUAAAUACGUAUGCAACUUGGGGUUUAUUAUUAUUACUAUUAUUAUAAUUUACAUGAAUAUAUGUGGGCUAAAAUUUAGUGCGCUGGGAACAGGCGAAACACAAACGUAAGCACAUUUACUUGGCAGACUCUUAACGCGAGUGGGCUGGAUGGUCGAGUCACUUCAGUUGGUGAAAAGCAAAGAUAAUAACAGAAAAAAUAACCAAGUUUGUGGAACCAAGACAAUCUAAACAAGAAAUCAAAGUCAGUUGCAUACUUGUAAAACUGUAAAAUAUAACUGCGAAGCAUUGCAUAAAUUAUCAGUUUUCAAAAUUGUCCUUUGCUUCUCAAUGCUGGCAAUCUAGUGUAACUAAUACUUGGAGGAUAUUAUUAACUCUGCAUGAAUUAUGAUCCACAGUAUCAUUUUUUUGUUGUCAUUUUCUUCUUUGAGGGAAUAACAAAACAUAUUGUAAAGAUUUUUUAAACCUGUAUAUGUAACAUUUUCAAAGUUAUGCAAACAUAACACUCAAGUGGACUGCAUUUGUGACAUUAAACAUAUAUAAUAGCAAUACUACAUUACAGCAAUACGUACAAUUUCUAAUUAAAUAAAAACUGAAAGACAGUCUAAAUGAAAUAUUUGAACUGAAAUUUUAUUCAAAAGACUACAAUUAAUGCAUUUAUAGGUGAAAACGAACUGACAAUUCAAAUGACAAUUAAAGCAGUCUUAAAAUAUAAGCAGUGUUAAGCAUCACUGCUUUGUAUAUAUAAGUAAUUUUAUUGUUACUUAGUUUUAGUGGUACUAUUUAGUCAACAAAAUAUCAAAUUCUGUAAAAACAGUCAUACAUAAUGCAAAAGUCAUAUGCAUGUACAUUAAAAUAGUGCACUCUUCAAAAUAAUUCAGAAUAAGAAAAUCCCAAGAAUUUUGAUACUCUGCUCUACUUCUGUGAAAACUGCAAAACCAUCCAGGGGGUGAAGGCUCAAGACACUGCAUGCAGGUGUAUUUUGUUUUUCUUGUACAUGCAGCAUCAUAGCAUCGGUUGACAUUUCUGGCUUUGUUGAGCUGGGUCUAGUGGUUCUCAUGGACAAACCUGAUCUCGGGGGGUAUUUUGGACACUGGCCUCCACUUCACUUGAGAUGGGGUGACAAUGGGUCUGCCUCUUCUGCUUUUCCCAGUUUAACCAGUAUUAAUUAAGCCACAUGCUACAGAUGCCUUGAAAUUUAGAAGAGCUUUGUCUUCAAAACCUGCCAUUUUAUUGGCCUACAGGUACCAGGCAUUCAGUCCUUCACUGUCUUGUAAGCCAAUGCCCUUGACGUCUAUAAAUGAAAUGAAUCAAGAAAAAUGUUUAUAUUAUUUAUUAAGUACAACAUACACCAUUAGAAAUUUUCACAAUUAGUAAAAAUUAAUUUGAGCAAAAAUAAAGCAAGAAUACCAAAAUACAAGUUAUGUAUUUUGAAGUGUAUCAACAAAAUAUAUUUUAUAAUCGAUUGUUAUAUAUCUGAAUUCUGCACAAAUUUGACUUUUCAAACAUAGUUGUCAUAGAUAUAAAUAAAGGUAAUUUGUAA